CUGUGGAGAAAAAUAAAAAGAUGCAGCUGGAACACUUUGUAUGGAAGCUACUUGGAAGUCAGUAGCACUGAGGAGUUGUCUUGAAAAUAAACCAGCUUGAAUCAAAAGACCAGCCUGCCACAGCCUCUUAUUUUAGCCAAUCCAUCAUUGGCAGAAGGAUCAAGAACUGGAAGACUCCAAUUUUUGGUAAUUGUCAAAAGAACCAGAGGUGACAUCUGAAGCAACCUCCCAAGCAGUGAGUGGUUGGGAUCUGGAAUGCAAUGCCUGAAAGUGUGGUAACUAACUCCUGUUUGGAGGGGAAAAAAAUCAUCCAUCAUGCUUCUCUGGUAUCAGAUUUUCUUUUAUGCUUGUGGUUUUAAUUUGUAAGAUAUAGAUCAACAUAAUUUGGAGUACGUUCAAAAUUACCAUAGCUGCUACACUGAAGUCAAUUAUCCUGAAUAUAUAUAGAGAACAAAUGGAAAAAUAUGAAAAAGUUGCAAAAAUUGGUGAAGGGUCUUAUAGUGUGGUGUUCAAGAGCAGAAACAAAGGUACAGGACAAAUUGUUGCCAUUAAGAAAUUUGUGGAAUCGGAGGACGAUCCAUUCAUAAAGAAGAUGGCCGUGAGAGAGAUUCGUAUGUUAAAGCAGUUAAAGCACAAUAACCAAGUGAACAUACUUGAAGUAUUCAGAAGAAAAUGGAAAUUGCAUCUUGUGCUUGAGUACUGUGAUCACACUGUAUUAAAUGAGCUGGAGAGGUAUUCCAGAGGGUUACCAGAAGCAAUGGUUAAAAACAUCAUGUGGCAGAUGCUUCAAGCUAUUAAUUUUUGUCACAAACAUAACUGUAUUCACAGAGAUGUCAAGCCAGAAAACAUUCUAAUUACUAAACAAGGAGUCAUCAAGCUUUGUGACUUUGGAUUUGCUAGGAUACUAAUUAUUCCAGGAGACGAUUACACAGACUACGUAGCAACUCGGUGGUACCGAGCACCUGAGCUGCUUGUGGGAGAUAAACAGUACGGGGCUGCAGUAGAUAUCUGGGCUGUAGGUACUGUCUUUGCAGAGCUGGUGUCUGGACAGGCCUUAGGGCCUGGGAAAUCAGAUGUGGACCAAAUCUACUUGAUAAUAAGGACUUUGGGUAAACUUAUCCCAAGACAUGAGCAUGUAUUCAGGAAUAACCAAUCUUUUCUGGAUGUUAGUAUACCUGAGCCAGACCCUGAGGACAUGGAACCCCUAGAAGAUAAGUUUCCAAACAUAAACCCUCAUGCUCUGGCUUUCAUGAAGAGUUGUUUGAAAAUGGAUCCAGAGGACAGAUGCAGCUGUGAAGACUUGUUCGAAAACCCAUUCUUUGAUUUAUAUCGAGAUGAAAAUGAAAAAUCUAGGAAGUGGCUUGAUGGCCAGAAUCAAAAAAGACGACAGCUUUUGCCUCAGCUCCCUGGUAAUAAUGGGUCACCUGCACCAGAUUCCAGAAAGCAGGUUCAUCAGCAGCGGUUUGAUCACCUUCCUACCAUCUGACAAAUCCC